AUGUCGAAUAGUUACAGUCGGCCAAACGGUCACUACGAUCCAGUGCAUUCUGCUUCAGGCCCUUGGGUACCCCAUCCGCUGUCACAAAACCCAGCUCCUUACCCAUGGCCAGUACCAAACCCGAACCUACCUCACCUCUAUUCACAUCAUGUUGGACCGCCUGCGCCUAACUCUGGUCCAGAUACAUAUAGUCAACCUGCAGCUAUGUUACCACCUCUCCAAAACCUGCCCGCUUCCGGUUCGUUUUCAGGCAACAUGCAUGGGCCAAUAUCACCACGAUUCCACAGUCACCCUCAAUCGUAUCGCAGCAGUAUGCCGCUCCCCGUUCCGCCAAUACACGCAAGCACCGGCAGUCACAGCCACGACGCAGCGUUUGCAAACCAAAUUCCAAGUAACACAGAUAUGGAGUGGCAGUCACAUAUACCGGGAAACCCAGGCCCGGAAGUCUAUUCAAUGCAUCAAUCGAAUUACCCGUAUGCUGAUCCUGGCAUGAAUCACUUUGGCCACAACCACAACCACGGCAACGCUUACCUUCCACAUUUUGUAUCAGCCCCCCAGCCACCACCACCACAUUUUCCAACGCCGACAAGACGAAAUCAUCCCUCAAGUGGCUCUCCUAUCACCAGGGGGUUUGGCAGUAUUCUUCCUUCCCCCAACAGACCUGCCCCUCCCUCGUCCGGAUUUCGCAGAACCAACCCACGACAACGCAGAUCAGCUUCAUUGCGCAGCAUGGCGGCAGAAGUCGGACGCGAGGAUGGCGAUGAAGAAUCCUUUGGCAUCGCAGAGUAUGGACGUCGCAGUCCAGGUGGCUAUUCAGAAGAAACGGAAGAGAUGAUGGUCCGGCAUAUGCAGAUUGCCAGAGGCAUGUCGAACAAGUUGGUGGCUUCAAAACUUACACUCCGAUCGCUCCAGAGCGUCAAGCUUGAGGAGUUGCCCGAGGCAGAUCGAAGUUGUGUCAUUUGCUAUAAUGAGUAUGGUGCCGAGACUCCUGAGGGUAUCAACGAGGCCCCCCUUCGCUUGCCGAAAUGUGGACAUGUCUUUGGCGACCAUUGCAUCAAGAAGUGGUUUGAAGAUUCGGAUAGCUGUCCGUACUGCCGGGACAAGCUUCAUUCAGAACCAAAGACACAGCCCGCUACUUCUACUAGAGCAUUCGUAAACAUGCUAAGAUCCAGAGGCGUGCCCACUAGUAGCUGGGGACCAGAAGAAUUAUCAGAUAUCAUUCGUCUCGGAUCUCACUAUGCAGGAGGUCGACGAAUCGACUCUCCGACUCGACACGCGUCGGCACAAACAGCAAGAAGAUCGCCACCUACAGAAGGUGGUGAACACCAGCACCGACGGACUCGGGCACGCCACAGUAGUUCAAACACGCAUGAUGCUGCACCUUUGCCUGAAACCCGCAACCGAACAGCUUCCCGGGAAACGCCUACGCAGCCCGCUGCACCUGGCAUUGAACUGCCCUCGAUACGACAGCAAGUUGAACAAUUGCCGGUGGAAGGACAGAUCCAGGAAUGGAGGCGGGGUAACGCCCAGGCUGCGAACGCGGUAUCGACGACAACCCAAGAUCCCAGUACAGAAACUCAAUUGCCCCCCGCAGUCUUGCCAGAGCUAUCUCCAUUUCCUCCACAGGAGGCACGGGACCAGGACCGGAUAUCCAGGACUCUGCGAAACCCUUUGCAGGCACAGAUUGGUUCGCCCUACGAAGGGCUUGGAAACAAUGAAACCGCACCAGACAUGCCUUACCGCUCAACUCAGGCAUGGUAG